GAACCUUAAAACACAGGCAAUACAAACUCUUUAUUCAACAAAUGACUGUCAGGCUUAGUUUUAGUUCCUGGGGCGAAAGGGGGUGACCAGGACCGACAGAAGUAAGGGAUCGAGACAAAUUAAGGUCAGAUAGUAGAAUAUGAAACAACUUAGGAGGGUUACUUUAGACAGGGUGGUGGUGGCGCUUGAAGAUGUUAUCUGAGCUGAGAACUAAAGCGAAGUGUUGGCGCUAACCACCUCAACAUCAAAAAACGAAAACAAGGUCAUUAAAUUUCAGCCAAACAGAAGCAGAGGGAUGAGCAAGUGUUAGCGAGGCGAGCUCGCACCCAACUGAGACUUGGCUACAGGAAAGGAGACGGGAAGGCUAGGAAGUCGCUUGCUCACGCGUGACUCUAGGUGGUUCAGUGCUCUCUGCACCGACCCAAAUCCAGCCGGUGCCCCGGAGGAAGGCGUCCCCCGCCUGGGUAGCACCGUAACCUCCUAGUGGGAUGCAAGUCGUAUCCACUCCGAAUGACGAACUAGCAAAGUGACAGCGAGCAAAGUUAAUUCACGGCCUCACAUCAGUUCCCGGUCGAACAGGCAGACAAGCCCGGCACUCGCCAUCUACGUCCUGCCCAGGGGCUCCACACCCCGCGAGUCUAAGGGCGGACGGAGGCUGGGCACUGGCCAGGAGGCGCCCGGUACCGACAUCCGUAUUGUCGGCUUCCCGGGAGCCCCUCCCCGGCGCGGCUCAAAACGCGGAGCCGCGGAAUCGGCGGAGCGGGAUACAAAACCCAGCCUCCGGCCGCGAGCAUGCGCGCGAGCCAUCCCCGCCGGGCCGCGCUCGGCGCCAGGGGAGGGUCACCCGGGCGGACGUGCGCUGCGCAGGCGUCUGCGCCCCGUGGGGAGGAGGGCGAAGACUCCAUCCGCCAUGUUGGAUGCCGCAGAUUCGCCAUAACUUCGCCGGCUCUUUUCUUAAAAAAAUAAAAAUAAAAAGCGAAGCGUCGGUGGAGCGCCCCGCCUUCUCGGCCGGCACGGGAGGGGGCACGGAAGAGCCCUAGGCUUUUUUUUCCUCCGCGGUGGGGGCGUUGCCAUGGAGACGCGGGCGGCAGAAAACACGCCCAUCUUCAUGUGCAAAUGUUGUAACCUUUUCUCACCAAGCCAGUCGGAACUCCUCUCCCACGUUUCCGAGAAGCACACAGAAGAAGGGAUUAAUGCUGAUGAGAUCAUUAUUCCCCUUCGGCCUCUGAGCACUCCUGAACCCCCCAACCCAAGCAAAACCGGAGAUGAGUUUUUGGUCAUGAAGAGGAAGAGAGGCAGGCCUAAGGGGUCCACAAAGAAGGCCAGUGCCGAAGAGGAGCUGGCAGAAAGCACCGUGAGUCCCCCGGAGGAUAGCGCGUUGGCUGCUGAGGAGGGGAGCAGCGUGGCUCCAGGCAGCCUGGAGUGCAGCAAGUGCUGUCGGAAGUUCUCCAAUACGCGCCAGCUGCGGAAGCACAUCUGCAUCAUCGUGCUGAACUUGGGCGAGGAGGAGGGAGAGGCAGGUAACGAGUCAGACCUUGAACUAGAAAAGAAGUAUAAGGAAGAUGAUCGAGAAAAGACCCCCAAAAGACCACGGAUGCAGAAAACAGAGAAGACCCAGAAGAUCUUCCCAGGAAAGGAGGCUGGGCAGCCUUCUGGGGCAAAGAAACCCAUCAUAAGUGUGGUUUUAACUGCACAUGAAGCGAUUCCAGGUGCUACCAAGAUCGUUCCAGUGGAGGCUGGGCCCCCCGAAACAGGAGCUGCAAAUCCCGAGACCACCUCAGCAGACCUGGUGCCUCGGAGGGGGUACCAGGAGUACGCCAUUCAGCAGACACCAUACGAGCAGCCGAUGAAGUCCAGCAGGCUAGGUCCCACUCAGCUCAAAAUCUUCACUUGUGAGUACUGCAACAAGGUCUUCAAAUUCAAGCACUCGCUGCAGGCCCACCUGAGGAUCCACACCAACGAGAAGCCCUACAAGUGCCCCCAGUGCAGCUAUGCCAGCGCCAUCAAGGCCAACCUCAACGUGCACCUGCGCAAACACACGGGCGAGAAGUUCGCCUGUGACUGCUGCUCCUUCACCUGCCUGAGCAAGGGCCACCUCAAGGUGCAUGUCGAGCGAGUGCACAAGAAGAUCAAGCAGCACUGCCGCUUCUGUAAGAAGAAGUACUCGGACGUCAAGAACCUCAUCAAGCACAUCCGCGAUGCGCACGACCUGCAGGACAAGAAGGUCAAGGAGGCCUUGGAUGAGCUCUGCCUGAUGACCAGGGAGGGCAAGCGCCAGCUGCUCUACGACUGCCACAUCUGUGAGCGCAAGUUCAAGAACGAGCUGGACCGAGACCGCCACAUGCUGGUCCAUGGCGACAAGUGGCCCUUUGCCUGCGAGCUCUGCGGCCACGGGGCCACCAAGUAUCAGGCACUGGAGCUGCAUGUCAGGAAGCACCCCUUUGUGUAUGUCUGUGCUGUGUGCCUGAAGAAGUUUGUGAGCUCCAUUCGACUGCGCUCCCACAUCAAAGAGGUACACGGGGCUGCCCAGGAGACCUUGGUCUUCACCAGCUCCAUCAAUCAGAGCUUCUGCCUCCUGGAGCCCGGGGGGGACAUCCAGCAGGAAGCCUUGGGGGACCAGCUGCAGCGGGCGGAAGAGGAGUUUGUGUUCCACAGGGUGAACGUGCUCAAGGAGGAGGCCUGUCCUGGGGACGCUUGGCCUGAGGAGAAACACAAGAAGCUAGAGGCCCCGGUGGAAAUGCCUACCUCAGCUGUGCACCUGGCCUCCCCCCAGGCCAAAAGUGUAGCCCUGCCACCUGGUGAACUGGAAACCACCAUGAUCUCCUCAGAGCUGCCUUCUCAGGCAGCAGUUUCAGAUGAGUUUUUAUUGAAAAAUGGUAGCUCUUCUGCUGAGGGCGACACUGCUCCUGAGAAGCCCUCAGACAGCCAGCAUAGAGGCUCUGAUCAGACUCAGAGUGAAGUAAUCACGGUACUACUUUCCAAGGACCAAAGUGCUGGGCCAAACUGGGGGACCCAAGGUACUAAGAGCCCCCCAGGGGAAGAGCAGAGAAUGGCUACCCUUCCAGAGAGUGACCUAGAUCUCAGCAGGUGUCUCAGGUCCAACCCAGCUGAAGCCUCAGACCUCCUUCCUCCAGUAGCCGGUGGUGUGGACAUUGUUAUACACCAGCCUGACUCUUGUAAAGCUGCCCCUGAGCACCGGCCUAGCAUGACUGCGUUCAUGAAGGUCCUGGACAGUUUACAGAAGAAGCAAAUGAACACCGGUUUGUGUGAAAGGAUCCGGAAGGUCUAUGGAGACCUGGAGUGUGAAUAUUGUGGCAAACUUUUUUGGUACCAAGUGCACUUUGAUAUGCAUGUCCGCACCCACACCCGGGAACAUCUGUAUUAUUGCUCCCAGUGUCAUUACUCUUCCAUCACCAAAAACUGCCUUAAACGCCAUGUAAUUCAGAAACACAGUAACAUCUUGCUGAAGUGUCCUACUGACGGCUGUGACUACUCGACUCCAGAUAAAUAUAAGCUGCAGGCACAUCUUAAAGUUCACACAGCACUGGACAAAAGGAGCUAUUCUUGUCCUGUGUGUGAAAAGUCUUUUUCAGAAGAUCGAUUGAUAAAGUCACAUAUCAAGACCAACCAUCCCGAGGUCUCCAUGAGCACCAUUUCUGAGGUUCUAGGGAGGAGGGUUCAGCUGAAAGGGCUCAUUGGGAAGCGAGCCAUGAAGUGCCCGUACUGCGAUUUCUAUUUCAUGAAGAAUGGCUCAGACCUUCAGCGGCAUAUCUGGGCUCACGAAGGUGUGAAACCCUUCAAGUGUACUUUGUGUGAAUAUGCCACUCGCAGCAAGAGUAACCUCAAGGCUCACAUGAAUCGUCACAGCACUGAGAAAACCCACCUAUGUGACAUGUGUGGCAAGAAAUUCAAAUCAAAAGGGACACUGAAAAGUCACAAGCUCCUUCACACAGCUGAUGGGAAACAGUUUAAGUGCACGGUGUGUGACUACACGGCGGCCCAGAAGCCCCAGCUGCUGCGGCACAUGGAGCAGCACGUCUCCUUCAAGCCUUUCCGCUGUGCCCACUGCCCUUACUCCUGCAACAUCUCUGGCUCUCUGAAGCGGCACUACAACAGGAAGCACCCGGACGAGGAGUACGCCAACGCCGGCACGGGGGAGCUGGCCACAGAGGUGCUCAUCCAGCAAGGGGGUUUGAAGUGUCCCGUCUGCAGCUUUGUAUAUGGCACCAAAUGGGAGUUCAACAGGCACUUGAAGAACAAACAUGGCUUGAAGGUGGUGGAAAUUGACGGAGACCCCAAAUGGGAGACAGCAGUGGAAGCUUCAGAGGAGCCCUCUACCCAGUAUCUCCACAUUGCAGAGGCAGAAGAAGAUGUUCAGGGGACACAGGCAGCGGUGGCUGCACUCCAGGACCUCAGAUACACCUCUGAAAGUGGCGACCGACUUGACCCCACAGCUGUGAAUAUCCUGCAGCAGAUCAUCGAGCUGGGUGCCGAGACCCAUGAUGCCACUGCCCUUGCCUCAGUGGUGGCCAUGGCUCCAGGGACGGUGACUCUGGUCAAACAGGAGGAGAAAGCAGUGGCACCCUUCACAGGAUCUUCUAACUGCAAACCAGGACUAGGAGUGGUGCUGUUGGACAUAGCUGUCACUGAGGAGGAGCCCAGCUCCAACCACACGGUCAUGAUCCAGGAGACCCUCCAGCAAGCCUCCGUGGAGCUGGCCGAGCAGCACCACCUUGUGGUGUCCUCUGACGACGUGGAGGGCAUCGAGACGGUGACUGUGUACACGCAGGGAGGGGAGGCCUCGGAGUUCAUCGUGUACGUGCAGGAGGCCAUGCCGCCCGUGGAGGGGCAGGCGGUGGAGCAGCCGGCCCCAGAGCUCUAGAGGACAUGCAUUGCCAGAGAACCUGCACCCAGGAUGGGGCCACCCAGCCCGCCUGGCCCACAGAAUGGCACUCACCUCUCCUUCUUUGCCUGGCAGCCCAAUGGGACCCUCCUCACCCUACUUUGGGUGGGCGGGGCAGUCGGCCUCACCAGCAGCACCCUGUCCCUGGUACAGGGACACACCCCCAGCCUGUGCCGUCUGCUUCCGGAAGGACUUCUGCACCAGCACCCCACACUUGCCCCGCACCGCGUCCCCCGAAACUCCCAGUGCCCAUAGCAUCUUCCCAAGUCACCCCAGCCCCCCAGGUGCUGAAUCUCCAUCUGGGACCGCUGUGCGGUCUGGUGAGAGGAGACAGCCAUCACUUAGAAAGUGACCUUACUGCUAGGGGCAGGGGCAGAGGUGUCUUUGUUUUAUCUAUAAAGCACCUGGGAUCAGGGCAGGUCACCACGACUCUCCCCAUUACAGGGACUCAUUUUGCUGUCAUGGAAUUACUUUUGCUCUGAAGAAAAAUGCACUUUUCACUUGUCACCUCCCAUCCUAAGGGGACGAGUGGGUGGAAUUAAAGCAUUUCCUGCCCGAGUACUUGGGUUCCUUUGUGAGGUGGAUGGCUUACCUUUCCCCUUCCCACGUGGUAACCUUGGACUUGGGACCCUCCCAGAAGUACCCCACCCAGACCUGGGCCCUUAAAAGUAGACCAUGAUGCUUUUCCCCCACUAAAGCACUGGGGUUUGCUUUGGGAGCUUUUUGAAGGUAAUGACCUUACCUUACUUUGUUGUACCCAGCACUGGAUUUGCUGCCUGCUGAGAAGUGGCACUGCCCUCCCCACUCUGUGUCUGGGAGGAACAGAGAACUCACAGGAGCCUUUAUGACACGGAACUGUCUGACCAGGGUUUCCAGUCAGGGUGCUCACCAUCAGUUUCAUACAUUUUGAGCCCCGGCUCUGUGCAUGGCAUGUGGGGGCAUCAAGCUGAGCACCACUCCCCCUUGCCUGGCCCUGGGGUCUCUUACCCACCGCCCGACUCAUCGGGGGUAAAGUUUGUUUCCCCCAAGCGCCAUGUCUCCCACAGAGCUCUCAUGUAGGUGCAUAAACACAUGGAUGGUGGCUGCCCUGUUGCAGAGGCAGAGGCUGUCUCUUGCAGCUCUGAUGCAAAUAAGUGAGUUCUUGCUCUAGGCAAGGAAGGGAGGACCCUCCCCCCUGGGAUAUUAAGGACA